AUGAAAUUAGAAGAAAAAGAAGAAGGUUUUAAGAUAUUUAAAGACAUAGGAGAAAAAGUAGAGGAUAUAUAUGAUAUAAAUUCCGAAAAAAGCGAUGAAAAUGGGCCAGUAGUUGAUGAAAUAGAAAGUUUAUGUAUACAAUGUGAAGAUAAGGGUAUAACAAAACUGUUACUUACGGUUAUCCCGUUUUUUCGGGAAGUGAUUCUGAUGUCUUUUGAGUGUCCAAACUGUGGGUUUAAAAACUCAGAAAUACAAUCAGCAGGGACUAUUCAAGAAAAAGGAACAAUAUAUACAUUUUCAGUUGAGUCAAAAGAUGACUUUAACCGCCAAAUUAUCAAAUCAGAAACAUCAUCUAUAUUUAUAAAAGAACUUGAUCUUGAAAUACCGCCUGGGAAAGGAAAAAUAAGCAAUAUUGAGGGAAUUUUGGUGGGUAUUCUUGAAGAUUUAGAACUGAACCAACCGCUUCGUAAAUAUCAAGAUCCAGAUACAUAUAAAAAAAUAGAUCAAUUCAUGGCACAUAUUCGUGAUCUAUUAGACGGAAAGUGUUUCCCUUUUAAAAUAAUAUUGGAUGAUCCAGCAGGCAAUAGUUGGAUUGAAAUGAUACCAGGAGACCAGCAAAAAAAGUGGAAAAAAACGGAGUAUGAAAGAACAUUGGAGCAAAAUACAAAACUAGGCUUAUAUUGUCCUGAACAAGAAAAUGAAGAAAAUAAUAUAACUCCAGAUGAAGUCCAUAAAUUCCCAGCAACAUGUCCUAGUUGUACAAAACCAUGUGAUACAAAUAUGAAAUUAGUAGAUAUUCCAUAUUUUAAAGAAGUAAUUAUCAUGAGUACAGUUUGUGAUUAUUGUGGAUAUAAAAGCAACGAAGUAAAAACAGGAGGUGAAAUACCAGAAAAAGGGAAAAAGAUUAUUUUAAAAGUAGAAAAUAUAGACGAUUUAUCUCGUGAUCUUUUGAAGAGCGAAACUUGCUCUAUAAAAAUUCCUGAAUUAAAUUUAGAUUUGAAUCCAGGGACUUUAGGUGGCAAAUUUACUACAUUAGAAGGACUACUUGCUCAAAUUUAUGAUGAACUUUAUAAUAGAGUAUAUUCUAGAACAAAUGAUUCAAUGGAACCUGAAAAAAACAGACGAUGGAAUAUCUUUCUUCAACGUCUUGAUGAUGCAAGAAAUGGAAAAAUAAAAUUUACCAUAAUUUUGGACGAUCCUAUAUCUGGUUCUUAUCUUCAAAAUUUAUACGCACCCGAUCCAGACCCAAAUAUGAAAAUAGAAGAAUACGAACGAACAUAUGAACAAAACGAAGAUUUAGGAAUCAAUGAUAUGAUUUUAAAUCCAGAAAACCAAAAAGAUAAUCAAAACCAGUAA